AUACAAACGUAACUGAAUUCCGCUUGCGUCAUAAGUGUGCGACAGCAAACAUAUAUACGCGUCGCGUCGUCAACAGGCGCCGGAAAUGCACUUUUGAAGCAUGACGGACAGUGGACAGAAGCACGCGCUGGAGAUGGUCCAGGCAGAUGGUGCAGAUGAGGGAUCUGUAACAUUUGUUCUCCAGGAAGAGGAUCACACGCUGGGCAACUCACUCAGAUAUAUGAUCAUGAAGAGUCAGGAUGUGGAAUUCUGUGGAUACAGCAUUACCCACCCAUCUGAAAGUAAAAUCAACUUCCGGAUACAGACAAGAGGAGGACUUCCUGCAUAUGAACCUAUGCGCAGUGGCUUGAACAACCUCACUGAAGUGUGUAAACACAUCUUGCAGACAUUUGAGACACAGAUGAAAGCUUUCAAGAAUCCUGAAGAGUCAAUGGAGUGGCGCCAGGAUUAAUAUUCUGGACAUUGUUCUGAUCAUCUUGGCUGGCUCAGGAUUAACAACGAUAUUAACUUAAUUUUAGUUAAAUAUUUGUUUUUGUUUAAACAAUAAAGUGACUUACAUUAAUAGCUUUUGUAUUAGGCUUUUUAAUUACAAAUAUCUGUCUGUUACUCUGUAUUCGAAAUCUGAUUUGUUAAUCCAGUGCUGAUGACUACAAAAUUGAAUUUUACCGAACAAAGUAAAAUAAAAGAUUUCAAACAUGA